GAAGUCGCGGUGUAUUGUGGGCUUGCUCAGAGCCGGGGAGUUGAGCCUGAAUGAAAGUGGCGCGCUGCUGACGUUACCCGGAUCGGAGCGGCUGGAAUUCGGGUCCCUAUUGGGAUUCAGGUGUCUCGGACCUCCGGUGCUGACCCAACUGCGGAGAGGCGGCGGCAAAGGCUCAGCGAGCGUUGGUGAAGGGGGCGGCUCUGCGCGGCCCCCCAAGACAUGGCUCACAACAAGAUCCCGCCGCGGUGGCUAAACUGUCCGCGGCGCGGCCAGCCGGUGGCAGGAAGAUUCUUACCUCUGAAGACAAUGUUAGGACCAAGAUACGACAGUCAAGUUGCUGAAGAAAAUCGGUUCCAUCCCAGUAUGCUCUCAAAUUAUCUGAAGAGUCUAAAGGUUAAAAUGGGCUUGCUGGUGGACUUGACCAAUACUUCAAGGUUCUAUGACAGAAAUGACAUAGAAAAAGAAGGAAUCAAAUAUAUAAAACUUCAGUGUAAAGGACAUGGUGAGUGCCCUACAACUGAGAAUACUGAAGCAUUUAUUCGUCUGUGUGAGCGAUUUAACGAAAGAAAUCCACCAGAACUUAUAGGUGUUCACUGUACCCAUGGUUUCAAUCGCACUGGUUUCCUCAUAUGUGCCUUUUUGGUGGAGAAAAUGGAUUGGAGUAUUGAAGCAGCAGUUGCUACUUUUGCCCAAGCCAGACCACCAGGAAUCUAUAAGGGUGAUUAUUUGAAGGAACUUUUUCGUCGCUAUGGUGAUAUAGAGGAAGCACCACCUCCACCUCUAUUACCAGAUUGGUGUUUUGAGGAUGAUGAAGAUGAAGAUGAGGAUGAGGAUGGAAAAAAGGAAUCAGAACCCGGGUCAAGUGCUUCCUUUGGCAAAAGGAGAAAAGAAAGGUUAAAACUGGGUGCUAUUUUCUUGGAAGGUGUAACUGUUAAAGGUGUAACUCAAGUAACCACUCAACCAAAGUUAGGAGAAGUACAGCAGAAGUGUCAUCAGUUCUGUGCCUGGGAAGGGUCUGGAUUCCCUGGAGCACAGCCUGUUUCUAUGGACAAACAAAAUAUUAAACUUUUAGAGCAGAAGCCAUAUAAAGUAAGCUGGAAAGCAGAUGGUACUCGGUACAUGAUGUUAAUUGAUGGCACAAAUGAGGUUUUUAUGAUUGAUAGAGACAAUUCAGUGUUCCAUGUUUCAAAUCUGGAAUUUCCAUUUCGUAAAGAUCUCCGGAUGCAUUUAUCAAAUACGCUCUUAGAUGGGGAAAUGAUUAUUGACAGAGUAAAUGGACAGGCUGUUCCUAGAUAUUUGAUAUAUGACAUAAUUAAAUUCAACGCACAGCCAGUUGGAGAUUGUGAUUUUAAUGUUCGUCUGCAGUGUAUAGAAAGAGAAAUUAUAAAUCCUCGACAUGAAAAAAUGAAGACUGGACUCAUUGACAAAACACAGGAGCCAUUUAGUGUCAGAAAUAAGCCAUUUUUUGACAUCUGUACAUCAAGAAAGAAAUAUAAACCUGGUCGAUGUGAUGAUAUUUUGAAAUGGAAGCCUCCCAGUCUGAAUUCUGUGGAUUUUCGUCUAAAAAUAACAAGAAUUGGAGGAGAAGGGUUACUUCCUCAGAAUGUUGGCCUUCUGUAUGUUGGAGGUUAUGAAAGACCCUUUGCUCAAAUCAAGGUGACAAAAGAGCUAAAACAGUAUGACAACAAAAUUAUAGAAUGCAAAUUUGAGAACAACAGCUGGGUCUUCAUGAGACAGAGAACAGACAAAAGUUUUCCUAAUGCCUACAACACUGCCAUGGCUGUGUGCAAUAGCAUCUCAAACCCUGUCACCAAGGAGAUGCUGUUUGAGUUCAUCGACAGAUGUGCUGCAGCUUCUCAAGGACAGAAGCGAAAGCAUCAUCUGGACCCUGACACGGAGCUCAUGCCACCACCACCUCCCAAAAGACCGCGCCCUUCAACCUAAGACCUGCCUCUCACUUCAGGGUUAAGAGGAAAGAUGAAUGAGAAAAAAUGCUGUUGCCCAAUUUUUGUAGCCAGAGAAAUUCAAAAGUGAGUGUGACUUGAUGGUGAUACACAUUUGAAAUUUUUUAAGAAAAGAAAGGUAUUGUAGCCAGCCUGUAAAUACUGAUGCGUUUGUUUCCUCAGUGCUGCAAUACAUCAUGGACUUAAACAUUUUAUUUAUAUCUGAUAAACUCAGCCUUACCUUGUGGAAUCUGAAGAUUGAAAUAUCCAAAGGUUUAAACAGGAUUGAAAUCAAUGAAAAAGAGGCCUUGUUUAUAUAUGGGUAACUUUUGCAUUUAAUUUAUAAAGUUAGCGAUCUGGAACUGUGAGCACAUAAAACACUGUAUUUUUUAGAAGUUGUGUUUCAACUAUGGCAGUUUUUCCUUUUAAAAAAUUUAGGCAAUGGCAUUAAACAUUCUUGCUAUCAUUUAUCAUGGAUUUCUUACAUUUGUGAGAUUCCUGUAUUCAAAAACAAAUGACAAGUGUGUUAGGAUUGUACUAUAUUAAACAACUUGGUCUGGUUUAUAUCAUUUUAAGGAGGGUUUUUUUUUUUUUUUGAAAAUGUAAAAGUAAAAAAGUAAAUCUCCAUUUUUGUGAAUUGCAUCGUUCCUAAAGGACGUAUUUUGAGUAUUUUCAUCUGUUUCUGUUGUUUAAACUGUGUUAUCAGAUAUUCAAUGUGUCCAUUCUGGCAGUGGUUUUGAGUUACUUCAUGGAACUUGGAUAUACACCACCAGGUCUUUUAUGUGUUGUUUUACUGGGAGACUUUUCUUUUUUUUUUAAAUGCCAGGGCUACUUCUGCUUUACCUCAGUGGUAUCAGCACAUUGUAAAUUAUAUUAAAAGACACAACUCACUGUGAUCUAUGGGAGUGAUAUCAAAUACAAACGAUGUUGUGUUAGUUCCCUGGAACAAAACGGCAAAGGAAAUGCCAGCUGACUCCUUUGAUUAGAAGGUAAUGUCAAUGGAAUAGAAUGCUGUCACUAGAAAAUGCUCUCCCACUGCUAGAUAAAUGCAGAGGCAAAGCGUAGACAUUUGUAGGAACUAAACAUCAAGAAAAUCAAGACAUUUAUUUUCAAAGCCAGAAUUCUAUAUUCUAUUCUGGGGAUGUUGUUUCUGUUAGACAUCUAAAUUUUAAAACGUUUAUUGAUAGAUAAUGGAUUUGAAGGGCAGCUAAUUGGUCAUCUGCCAUUUCUGAGAAACUGUGUCUGGCUUGUGAAGGAACUGUCAGAAUUAGCUGAUUAGAGACUAAUGUGUUUAUUUUUAGGUAUUUAAAACAAAUUUUCAUGAUGUGAAUUUUAUAUAUGUAGACGCAUAUAUAAGUAUAUGCAACAGUAUAUAUUCUUCUACAGUCAGACCUGAAAAUCCAAAUGUGUUACCUGGUAGACUGAAUAUCUGACAGGAUUUCUAUAUGAUACAGCACAGAGUAACCAAAAAUGUAUUUAUAUUCACCUGAGUUUUAAAUGUUUUUAAACAAAGUUUUCUCCUGCAGUGCUUUUCUAUAUAAAGUACCAGAGUCAUGCUUGGGCUUUUUUCUUUCUUGUUCCCAAGUUAUAUAAUGUAUAGUGAAUUUAUCCAAAAUGCCAUUUUAAUGUUUUUUCCUAAAGUACUUUUGUCGUUUGGGCACUAAAGGGAUUACAACACCUGACUGCCACAAUGACUGUUGAAAGAGGGAAAAUUCUCAAGGUUCCAUAGUGUCUUUUACAGAAUGGAUCUUUAAAAAAUGCCUAUGCAACUCCAAAUAGUCUGAUGCCUGUUUGUCCAGGACUAGUGACUCUUCAUACGGUAUGUUGCUUUCCUCCGAGCCUGGGUAAAGGCAGAGCCCUUUUGCAGAUUUAAAAACAAGCUUUGCUAGUGAUUUUUAAUGGAGUUAAAGUGUUUAUGGUAAUUGUAACCUUUUAAAUGAGUUAUGUGAAAAGAGCAUCUCAUUUUUAAUACGCCCAGAUAUUUUCUCCUUGUCGUUGUGCAUUUUAGCAGGACUUAAUUUUCUUAAUUUUAUCCUUUCCUUUCAAUUACAGUAAAAUAUAAUAGUUGGCCUUAUAAGUAGAUCCUGUUUAGCCCCUGAACACACGACCAUCUGGAGUAUCAUAAAAAGUCAUUUAGAAGGCUGGGGGAGAAAUACAGAGGCAGGAUUUUGGAUAUCAGGAAGGAAACACUUCUCUUUUCAGCUCACUUCACAAUAGCUAUUUUCUGAGGCUGAAGUUUUUUAGAUAAGAAUAAGAAAACUUUGCUUUUUUCAGUAUCACAUGAAAGCUUUUGCUUUUUGUUAAGAAAAGGUGUAGAUGACUCUACUUGCCUGGAUGGUUACAUUUGCUUUCCGUGAAAUGCUCAGAAAAUGUCAGGACAUUCCUUCUUUAAUUGCGUGUUAGUGCAUAUUGUAAUAAAACUACUGAUUUAAAAUAACAGAAGUGUGUCUACUUUGUUUUACUGGUGAUGCUUUUGUGUCUCUUCUGUUGCUGGCAUCAGCUCCUACUUCUGUCAGCCACACCCAGUAUAAUCCAUUGGUUUCAUUACACUCUAGAGAUUAAAAACUUGGAAAUCCUCUAUUUUUCUUCCUGAGAAACUGAGAAAUUUGAUUGACAUGGGGGUGUAGUUUGAGCCUUUUAAUUUUCGAAGUGUAGAGAAAUAGGGGAAGGCACAUCUUUUUAAUAUUUCUGUUCACUUAUCUCAGCAGUCUACUGUGUGAGUAGAUAUUCUGCUAUGUUAUUUUUAAUGUAUUUAAUUUUUUAAGAAUACUCAGCAAUAAAUAUUCUGAAAUGA